GAUGUGAUUAGAUAAAUGCAAUGGGUUCUUCAAAUCCUGCUCUUGAAGUGUCGGUGUCGUUUGGUAGAUUUGAGAAUGAUUCGCUUUCUUGGGAGAAAUGGUCGACUUUCUCCCCAAACAAGUACUUGGAAGAGGUUGAGAAAUGUGCUACUCCCGGAUCAGUUGCCCAGAAAAAGGCUUACUUUGAAGAGCAUUACAAGAAGAUUGCUGCUAGGAAAGCUGAGCUACUGACUCAAGAGAAGCACGAUGAAGGAGGUCCUGUUCGUAAAUCUAACGGCCAUGAAAGAGAUAAGCAAGAAAUUAACUUGUUAAGUGAGGUUAAUGAAGGAGAUGAGCUGGAUCAGGAGCCUGAAACUGCGACAAAGUGUCAAGAUUCAUGGUUUGAGGAAUUGAAACAGAGAAUAAAUAGCAUGGUAGAGAAUGAAGAGAAAACAGUGGAAAAUCCUGAGUUUAACAAAGCAGAAGAAACUGCUCUUGAAGAAGCCUUUUUAGUGAAAAAAGAAAUGGAAACUCCUUCAAAGGAGUCUCCAGAUGUUAUGGAGUUAUCGCAGAGAUCGGAAAAUGUCGUCGAAAGAACUCCCGAGAUCAAAGAUAAAAACUUUAAAUUGGAUCAAUCUGCAAAAUCUCAUAAGAUCAGAGCAGUGAAUAAGGAGAGGAAUGAUUCGAGGACGAGAGUCCGCCUACUGCAGCGAUUACCGUACACCGAUAUCGUGCCUGUGAAGGGUAGAGAAUCAAGGGUUCCCACUUUUACGACUCCGCAAAAGGAGAAUGGCGGCAUUAACUGGUUUGUGACAGUUCUUGUAGUUAGUAGCAUGGAGAAAAAGAAUGCUAAGGCUGCUCCAUCUUAUUCCGGCUUGAAAAGUGAUGAAGAGCCGAGAAAAAAGGCUUUCUCCAAGAAACCGGAAACAAAAUCCAAUGAUAGGGAAGCAGCAAGAAGAUAUCUCCAGUCAAAAUCAAAGGAUAACAGAGAUGCAGAGAUCAAAAAAUUAAGGCAGAACCUUAAUUUUAAAGCUACACCCCUGCCAGGUUUUUAUCAUGGACAGAGAACAUCAAAAAGCCCUCUCGAUAAGAUUGGUUCCAAGAGUGACAUCCACCGGUAACCUAGCUUCCUCGGGUCAAAAAACCAGGCAUCAUGAAACUAGGGAGGGAAUAUCAGGAAUGUUCUAUAUAUAAAAGAGAAAAGGACGGAAACAUGAGAUACAUCAGCUUCGGAGGCUAACUACGUUUCCAGGCAAGGAAGGGUAUAUCUGAAAGCAUGUUUUAAUUGAGGAUCCAUGCCGUUUAUGAGUCACAUUAGAAAUCGUCGUUGAUGAGUCACAUGCCGUUUAUUUUGAAUGAGUCCAUCUUGUCAUCAAGUUGGUACAUAUAGUACUAGAAAAGUAUAUUGUAGUGUAUCUAAAUGUGGACAACAAGAACACCACCGAGUGUAUUGAUGUAUCAAAUCCUACUUGACAUUUGAGAUUGAAUCAAUUUCAAGUUUCUGUGACAA